CACUCCACUCUAAACAAGUAUGGCGGCGCCCACGGAGCUGGAAAGUUCGACGGAUGCAAAAGUUGAAAAUGAUGACAAACCCGAGGAAAACAUUACAUUCAAGUCACUGGGUGUCGUCGAUGUACUGUGUGAAGCUUGUGAACAGCUGAAAUGGAAAGCCCCCACGAAAAUCCAGCGAGAAUCCAUACCUCUCGCACUGCAAGGUCGCGAUGUCAUCGGCCUGGCAGAGACUGGCUCGGGCAAGACGGGGUCCUUUGCGCUUCCCAUCCUACAAGCGCUGCUGGAGACGCCCCAGCGCCUCUUCGCCCUUGUCCUGACGCCCACUCGGGAGCUGGCCUUCCAGAUCUCGGAGCAGUUUGAAGCCCUCGGCGCCAGCAUUGGCGUCAAGAGCGCUGUGAUUGUGGGUGGCAUAGACAUGAUGACCCAGGCACUGACACUUGCCAAGAAGCCCCACAUCAUAAUAGCUACCCCUGGUCGCUUGGUAGACCACCUGGAAAACACUAAGGGCUUCAGCCUGAAGUCUCUCAAGUACCUGGUGAUGGAUGAGGCUGACCGCAUCCUCAACAUGGACUUCGAGGAAGAGGUUGACAAGAUCCUGCGAGUGAUCCCACGUGAGAGGCGCACCUACCUGUACUCGGCAACCAUGACCAAGAAGGUCCAAAAGCUGCAGCGUGCGUCGUUGCGUGACCCAGUCAAGGUCGAGGUCUCAUCCAAGUACCAGACUGUGGAGAAGCUGAUGCAGUACUACCUUUUCAUACCAGCAAAGUUUAAGGACGUGUAUCUUGUCCACCUCCUCAAUGAACUGGCCGGGAACUCGUUCAUGGUGUUCUGCAGCACCUGUAGCAACACUCAGCGCACGGCGCUGCUGCUGCGAAACUUGGGCUUCACCGCCAUCCCACUCCACGGACAAAUGGGACAGGCCAAGCGUCUGGGUUCUCUUACAAAGUUCAAGUCGAAAAACAGGUCUAUACUGAUUGCUACUGACGUUGCAAGCAGAGGCUUGGACAUUCCACACGUGGACUGUGUGGUCAACUUUGACAUCCCAUCACACUCCAAGGACUACAUCCAUCGGGUCGGACGAACGGCUCGGGCAGGCCGUUCUGGGAAGGCCAUCACAUUUGUGACUCAGUACGACGUGGAGCUGUACCAGCGCAUUGAGCACCUGAUUGGCAAGAAGCUACCGCUGUAUGAGACAGUUGAGGAAGAAGUGAUGGCGCUCGUAGAGCGGGUCACUGAAGCACAGCGAUUUGCCAAGAUGGAGCUCAAGGAGCAGGAAGACAAGAAGAAAGGUGGCAAAAAGAGGAGAGCAGAUGAUGAUGACGAUGCAGAUGACACAGAACAGGCACUUGGUGUUCAUGAUCGCAUUGGCAAGAAGAACAAGAAAAACGCAGGUGGCUUCAAGAAACGAAAGAAAUAACUGGCAUAAUAAAUAACUAGAACUAAAAUAA